AUGCAUCUCUCUGUGCCAACCAUCAUUGGGGCUGCCUCCGUCGUUCAGGCUUUCCCCCACUUCGCCUACCCGAACACUCGCUUUGCUCUGCCGCCCAGCAAGGGACUGAAGGGGCUGAAAACGGGAAACGAAUCAUGGGGUACUUUGAAGCCAAAUCACUUCAUCUGGAGUCCACCGGGUCCUAAUGAUCAACGAGCCCCGUGCCCGGUCAUGAACACCCUUUCCAACCAUGGCUUUGUUCCCCAUGACGGCCGGAACAUCACCAAGGACAUCCUCAUCAAGGCCCUCAACGAUGCGCUGAACGUGCCCGAAGCGCCCGCCCUCAACAUCUUCAACAAUGCCCUCGUCGUCAAUCCUAUCCCCAAUGCAACUUUCUUCGACUUGCAAAUGCUACAUGCCCAUAACGUCAUCGAGCACGAUGGUAGUCUUUCUCGCAAAGAUGCCAUCUUCGACCCCACCAACGCUUUCGACGUAGGAACUUUCGACAACUUUGUGAGCUACUUUGGAGACGAGGAGGCGAUUAAUAUCACGAUGAUCGCGAACGCCCGAGCUCGGCAUGCUUUCGAUAUGAGUCUCAUCAAUCCGACUUUCUCGAUCACCGAUGCCCAGAUCCCAGUCAUUGUUGGCGAGAACGCAUUCUUGCUGGCAAUCUUUGGAGACCCGGACGUUGCUGUUGCUAACAGGACGUUUCUGGAGUACUUCUUCCGCAAUGAGAGAUUUCCCGUCGAGCUUGGCUGGUCCCCCAACGAAACACCUAUCGACGCGCAACUCGGUCCCAUCGUGCAGGAUAUCAUCGCCCAAAGCCCUGCGGACGUGCCCCUGACAUUUACGCCACAGAACGCAAGCCUGGAAAAGGCCAAAUAG